AUGUCCCGAGGCGGGGGUAGGGGAGGUCGCGGCGGCCGACGAGGCGGCGGUCCCAAUCUCCCCUGGCAAGAAGAUCCCUCACUCAGGGUCGACGGCAGACCAGCCGAGGCGUUUCCCCCGUAUGAUGUCCCCAUCCCGGCACCCCUCAUCUCCCGCGAAAAGUCCCAGGUCAGAUCAUACCUCCUCUUCCGCGAGCAAGUCCACGACGGGCCCUUCUACACAGCAACGCGCUCGCGGGACCCAUCGGCCUCCGCGCGCGCCUACGGCCAGGAGCAGGUGAACCAGCGCUACGGCCUCAAGAGCAAGGCCACCCUGGACCCCUUCACUGCCGUCGAGAUGCCCUCCUCCCGCAUGCGGAGGCCCGAGAGGGCCUUGCCCGAUUUCAGCGAGCGCCCAUUCAACAAGUCGCUCUUCCCACCCGAGCUGCAUGCCACCCUCGACGGCGACGACGAGCCCGCCACCGCCGCAGGCAGGAAGUCGAGCAAGAAGAAGAAGGUCAUGACUCUGUCAAAGGUCACGAGCCUGCGGACCGCCGAGGAGAUCUUCAACAUGCCCUCCGAGCCCGCCCCCGCCGCAGAUGGCUCCGGCCCCGCUGACCACCAGAAGGCACUCGAGGCACUGGACCAGCUGGGCGACGGCGGAGGCGACGGCGACGACGAUAUCGACCUUGGGCUGGAUGACGAGGACGGGUACGAGGAGCUAGACGACGCCUACGAAGACGAUGAUGGAGGUGACUACGAUGCCGAGGGUUACUUUGACAAUGGCGAUGACGAUGACAUGGACGAUGGUGGCGGGGAUGAAGGAGAGUACUAG